UUUGUUUUAUUUUUAUUGUGUGUGAGUGCCCUGGCAGCCCUGGCAAACAGCUGAUUCUCACUUUUUGUUUUGCACGCUUCACUGCGUUAUCUAUAUUUAUCGGCGAAUCGGUGUUUAUUUAAUUUAAAAACCGCAAAAUCCCGUGUACUUAUCAGCAUUAUUGACUAUCAAUGUUGUAUUAAUAGCCGUGAACGCUGCACCAACAAUGGCUGCGUUGCCUGUUGCCGUACAUCCGCUCACCAGCGACCCAACCGCCGCCUGGAAUGAGAUCAGCAAAAGCCAGCGGGUCAUCAAGGUUGUUAUGAAGCCACCGACCACAACGGUGGCUCCCAAUAAGGCUCGCGUGGUCUGCAUGUCGGAUACCCAUUCACUGACGCCCUACAUUAAAUUCGAUAUACCCGAUGGUGAUAUAUUCAUACAUGCCGGCGACUUCACCAAGUGUGGACAGCUGCAAGAGGUUGUGGAGUUCAACAAUUGGAUCGGAGCCUUGCCGCACAGGCACAAAAUCGUGAUUGCGGGCAAUCAUGAGCUCAGCUUCGACCGCACCUUUACGCAUCCCCUCCAGAACAAGGCGCAUGCAGACCGCUCCAAGCACACAGGCAUGAGUAUUUUAGAUGAUUUGCCCACGUUGGGCAAUGACAAACAGAGCAUGGAGAGCGCCGUAAAGACGCCGAAUAUACGAGAGGCCUUAACCAACUGCAUCUAUCUGGAAGAUGAGCUGCUUGAGCUGUGGGGCGUCCGCAUUUAUGGUUCGCCCUGGCAGCCAGAGUUUUGUCGCUGGGCUUUCAACGUGCCGCGAGGCGCUGCCUGUCUAGAGAAGUGGAAUCAAAUACCCGCUGGGGUUGAUAUACUAGUCACUCACACGCCGCCCGUCGGCCAUGGCGAUCUCUGCUGCUCCGGCGUACGAGCGGGCUGUGUGGAACUGCUGAGCACAGUGCAGCAGCGUGUGAAGCCCAAAUACCAUGUAUUUGGCCAUGUGCACGAAGGAUAUGGCAUAACGAGCGAUGGCAGGAUCAUCUAUGUGAAUGCCUCCACUUGCGAUAUCAACUAUUUGCCCAACAAUGCGCCCAUUGUGUUUGAUGUGACGCUUCCGCCCGGCGUGCGCAAGGAUUAGGUUGCAGUCGUAGCAUGCCCCCAACCGAUUUCUAUUUAUUCAAUCUACGCUUAAGUUGCCAUUUCAACGGAACAAGGAAUUUAUUUUACACUGCACUGCAAAUUAUUUUAAGUUUGACAAAUAAUAGAACCACAAAACCCCUUAAA